UCAAACGUGGAAAAUAUACUAACAGAACAGUCUAACACCACACGCCACUGUUUCACACCGUCAUCACCGUGACAACCCUCCCCACCUCCAACACCCCACCACCAUCGUCAAGGCUUCAACUUCGAUAAUACCCACCAAGCACAGAACCAAAAGAAGCCUACCUCGAAAGACACAGACAGAAAGAGCCGUUUUUUAAAUUUUUUGAAGUGGAAAGGAGAAGUGAGAGAAGAUGGGGGUCGAUUACUAUAAGCUUCUACAAGUGGAUAAGAAUGCAAAAGAUGAUGACUUGAAGAAAGCUUAUAGAAAGCUUGCAAUGAAAUGGCAUCCUGAUAAGAACCCUAAUAAUAAGAAAGAAGCUGAAGCUAAGUUUAAACAAAUCUCUGAGGCCUAUGAGGUUCUCAGUGAUCCUCAUAAAAGAGCAGUUUAUGACCAAUAUGGUGAAGAGGGUCUAAAAGGCCAGGUUCCACCGCCUGAUACUCGAGGAUCUUCCUACUACUCCACCGGGGAUAUUCCUGCGUCAUUUCGAUUCAAUCCCCGGAAUGCUGAUGAUAUUUUUGCGGAGUUUUUUGGGCAUUCAAGCCCAUUUGGAGGCAUGGGAGGUCCUUUUGGUUUUGGAGGGAUGAGUGGGUCAAGGUUCUCAAGUGGGUUAUUUGGUGAUGAUAUCUUUGUUUCUUAUGGCGAUGGAGGAGGAGAUUGGCACCGCACUGUUCCGAGAAAACCUCCUCCAAUCGAGAAGAGGUUGGCUUGUAGCCUUGAGGAGCUCUACAAGGGGACACCCAGAAAGUUGAAACUAUCCCGGGAGGUUGUUGACAGCAGUGGCAAGACCGUGCAGGUGGAGGAAUACGUAUCAAUUCACCUAAAGCCUGGGUGGAAGAAAGGCACAAAGAUCACCUUCCCUGAGAAAGGGAACGAACUUCCAAAUACAAUACCCCCUGAUCUCGUCUUCAUAAUCGACGAAAAGCCACACCCGGUGUUCACCCGAGAUGGAAAUGAUCUAGUAGUCACACAAAAGAUUUCUUUAGCUGAAGCUUUGACAGGUUACACUGUCCAUCUGACUACCUUAGAUGGAAGGAAUUUAUCGAUUGUAAUCAAUAAUGUGAUUCAUCCAGAUUACGAGGAGAUCGUCCCAGGGGAGGGAAUGCCAAUGCAAAAGGAUCCAACAAAGAAAGGAAAUCUUAGAAUCAAAUUCAACAUUAAGUUUCCAACAAGGCUUACAUCAGAGCAGAAGGCAGGAAUCAGAAGACUUAUAGGUAACUGAGAUAAAAUUGGUAUCCUUGAAAGAAAGAGAGCAUGUUUGUGAAUACAUAUGUAGGAACUAGAACAAAAUAGAGUUAAAAAGUAUUUGAGUGGUGGUCUUUCUUGAUGCAAUUUUGUUGGAAAUUUUGACUACAUUUUCUAUUGCAUUAUAUUUGAGGAUUUUAUUUAGUUUUGGAUCAUAAUUUGUACUGAAUGUUAAUGCUCAGGAUUGAGAAAGCAUAGUAUAGUCAAAAUAUUUGAGUUAAUAGUUUUCAAUAAAAAGCAUCUGAAGUUUUUGUGUUGUUA